AUGGGAUAGUCGACGAGUUCAUGAAUUUUGGGGGGAAGGGGACGAUCCGACUGAUGGUACUGCUGUACAAUUGGGUGUGGAAAAACGAGUACACGCCAAGUACAUGGAGGGAAGGGGCGGUUGUGAACUUGUUAAAGAAGGGAGACAAGACUGACCCAGGAAACUACAGAGGGAUCACACUGUUACACACAGUAGGAAAAGUGUUCUGUAAGCUGCUGAAUGAUAGGAUAGUGGGAGUAUUGGAGAAGGAACAUAGCAUUAGUGAGGGCCAGGCAGGUUUCCGAAAGAAGAGGGGGUGCGUAGACCACGUAUUCACGGUAGGGAGAAUCAUCCAAGGUAGAAAGAGGGCGGGAAAGCCGACGUACUGCUUCUUCCUGGACGUGAAAAAGGCAUACGACACCGUGUGGAGAAAUGGGUUGUGGAAACAACUGUCCAAAUACGGGAUCAAGGGGAAAAUGUGGAGAGUGCUGAAGAAGAUGACAGAGUGCACGAAAAGCGCGGUCAUGCUAGACGGAGAACUGUCAAAAUUCUUCGACAUUGAGCAGGGGGUCCCACAAGGUUGCACGCUGUCCCCAACAUUGUUCCAGGUGUUCAUCAACGAUCUGUUGGAAGUCGUAGAGGCAGUCCGGAAGGGAGUAAAAGUAGGGGACACGGAAACGUCGGUUUCAGGAAUGCUGUUUGCGGAUGAUUUUGUCGGUAUGUCGGACACCCCUGAGGGACUGCAACUGCAAAUUGACGCGGCGAAGAAGUUUACUGAUAAGUGGAGAUUGUCUGCCAACGUUCAGAAGAGUGCCGUCAUGGUUUGCAACGAGAACAAGGAGGAACCAGUAGAACAUAGAUGGAAGUGGGGGAUCGAGGAGAUUGCAGUAGUGGACCAGUACACAUACCUCGGAGUAGAGAUCGCAAAAGACUGCUCGUGGAAUGCACACAUGUCCAAGGUAGCGGAAAAGGGCAAAUCACGAGCAGGGAAGCUGCACCCAAUACUCGCAAACCGGCACCUCGAUACACGCAUCAAAUUGACGGUUUUGAAGAGCGUAAUCGUACCGCCGCUAGAGUACGCCGGAGAAGUAUGGGAAGGAAAUAAGAAGGUAGUGAAAGAACUCGAGGCGGCGCAGAUGAAAGCAGCGAAAACCAUCCUAGGAUGCUCCAGGCGCACAAGUAAUGCAGCCGUGAGGGCAGAAUUGGGGAUCCAAUCCCUACGGUCGGGAAGAGACGCGAGGAAGCUGACCUGGCAGUAUCGCAUGUGCGGGAUGGGAGAGGAGAGGUUGCCGAGAAUUGUAUGGGAGGCGAAGUGGGCAAACAAAAAGAGGGGUAGACAACCCACGGAAUGGGUCAAGGUUGUAGAGGACGUAUGGAAGGGGCUCGACAUCGACGAAGAUGAAACGCUGGAAACGGAGGGUCUACAGGGGUUCAAGGAGAAGAUAUCUGUUGCUUGUGCCGAGAGAGAAGAACAGAAUCUGAGGAAAGAAUCCAAGGAUAAGGAGGGUCUAGAAGUGUACGGAAUGUUGAAGGAAGGAAUAGGGUUCAAGGACUACCUACAUGGACCAAUGGAUGCAGGAACAAAGCUUAAGGUCAAAUUCAGGACCGGGGACAUAGGCCUUCGAGAACGUCGACGAAGACAUAGGACGGUAGACGAGGAAGACGACGAGUUCAAAUGUGAUUGCGGCUUCGAAUGCGAAGACCGUGUUCAUGUAGUCGCGGAAUGUCCGUUGUACAAGAAGGAGAGGGAAGUGUACGUGACUGAGCUGGGAAAAAUAGAUGGAACGUACAGGGAGAUGUUUGAGGCAUGGAAUAGAGAGGAAAGGACGGUAGCUGUACUGGGGCAUAGGAGGUGGGUUGAAAAGGCGGGAAGGGAUAUCGUUAGGAUAGACAGACUAGGGAAGACAUUUUUGAGCCACCUUUGGCAAAGUAGAAAGGAACGAUUGGCCAUCGGUGAUCGGUCCUGUGGGAACAAUGCUCCGUCCUCUCGAGGACGCGUGGUCAAUGGUCUAAGCGCUAAGGCAUGCAAAACAUAAUAGUACGCCCCUUCCCCCCCAGCGCC